AAAUAUCUAUGUCGAGCAUCGAGAUAUCGGUGUUUACGAAUGUUAGUGUAAUUGAUCUUCAGGUUGACUGCAGAAAUAGAAACCAUGAAAUCUAUUGAAAAGAGACUGGAACAAGAAAAGAAAGAACUUCAGCACCAUGUAAAAAAAAUGACAGAUGAAAUCAAGAGACAGACAGAAGAAUUUGCAAGAGCUAAUGAAAACCUUAGUGUGGACAAUGCACAUCUCAAUCAUCAGAUCAACGAUUUAAGUAGAAGCCUUGAGGAACAGAGGAGAACCAUCGACAAACUGCAGAAAAAUUUAUCAGAGGAGAAAAAAGCAAACGAAAACGCCUUCAAUAAGAUAGAAAAAAUACAAAAAGAAAAUGAAAACCUGAUAGCAGAGCAAUGCAG